AUGCCAAUAGAAGUAUGGUAUCUAGCAUUUCAAAGGCGAGACGAUGGUCAACUUUCUCUUUUCAGUGGAGAUGAUUUCAAUCAAGUUCGGAAAAUCACCUUUACGAAUGACCCAGAUUUUGACAUCGACUCUGUUCCGAUGAAUGACCGGGGACGUUAUCAUGAAGGUGGGGUUACUGCCAUCUUGCCACUAUGCAACCAAGAUGGAGAGCCAAUUAUUCUCACGGGAAGCUAUGAUCAACACGUUCGAAUCUAUCAGUUUGGAGUUCGCAAACAAGUUCUUGCUGAUUCAAAUCUCGGUGGAGGGGUUUGGAGACUGAAACUUCUCCGAGUUGAGAACAAUUCCUUGGAGACAUCGCAGAGGUUAUUGACUAGCUAUCUUAUCCUUGCUAGCUGUAUGCACGGCGGUGCCCGUGUAAUCAGUGUAGUUCAUUAUUCGAGGCACCCAGAGGCCGGGAGUACAUGGGGUAUCAACAUCAUUGCUCAGUUCACAGAGCAUAAGAGCAUGAAUUAUGCUUCAGACGUCUGGCAGAAUUACGACGAGCCAUCUAAACUGCUAUGUUUGUCAAGCAGCUUCUAUGAUAAAAGGAUUUGCAUUUGGGAAGCCAAGAUACAAAAUGAUGAGAAGCAACCCGAAUGA